GUGGGGUGGGGGUGGUGCUACUUUUGCUUUUUUUGAGUUACCAUCACUACGACCACCAUUAGCUCUCUUUGAAACAUUCUUUUCCAACUUUUCUUAUUUCCCAUAACCUUAAAACUCUCUCUUUAAUUCUUUCUCUCUUUCUUCAAUUCAUAUUUGGAAAUUUGGUGUUUUUACUUGUGUAUCUAAUGAUCCUAUAGACUUGGAGAAAUGGGAACUCCGGUGAAUAUUAUCGUCGGAUCACAUGUUUGGGUUGAAGAUCCUGAAAUUGCAUGGAUUGAUGGAGAGGUUUUAGAUAUCAAAGGAAGCAAUGCUACGAUAGUUACCACAAAUGGAAAAACUAUAAAAGCAAAUAUAUCGAAUAUAUAUCCAAAGGAUACGGAAGCACCACCAGCUGGAGUUGAUGACAUGACUAAGUUAGCUUACCUUCAUGAGCCUGGAGUGCUUUACAACCUUGCUGCCCGAUUUGCCCUCAAUGAAAUAUACACGUACACUGGGAACAUAUUAAUAGCAGUAAAUCCGUUUCGAAGAUUACCACAUUUGUAUGAUGUUCACAUGAUGGAGCAAUAUAAAGGGGCCACUUUUGGAGAGUUGAGUCCACAUCUUUUUGCUAUUGCUGAUGACUGCUACAGGGCAAUGAUCAAUGAAAAUGGAAGUCAGUCGAUAUUGGUGAGUGGGGAGAGUGGAGCAGGAAAAACUGAGACAACAAAAAUGUUGAUGAGAUACCUUGCUUUCAUGGGAGGCAGAUCAGGUACAGAAGGAAGAACAGUUGAACAACAAGUUCUCGAGUCAAAUCCAGUUCUUGAAGCCUUUGGGAAUGCCAAAACUGUGAAGAACAACAAUUCAAGUCGUUUUGGUAAAUUUGUAGAGAUCCAAUUCGAUAAGCAAGGAAAGAUAUCAGGGGCUGCAGUCCGAACUUAUCUUCUAGAAAGAUCACGUGUUUGCCAAGUAUCUGAUCCCGAGAGGAAUUACCAUUGCUUUUACAUGCUUUGUGCAGCACCCCCUGAGGAUGCGAAGAAGUUUAAACUAGGAGAUCCAAGAUCGUUUCAUUAUUUGAAUCAAACAAAUUGCUAUGAAGUAGCAAAUAUUGAUGAUGGAAGAGAAUAUUUGGAAACACGAAGUGCUAUGGAUGUUGUGGGAAUCAACAAUGAUGAACAGGAUGCAAUAUUUCGUGUUGUAGCUGCAAUUCUUCAUCUUGGAAAUGUUGACUUUAUCAAGGGGAAAGAAUUUGACUCUUCAAAAGUCAAAGAUGAAAAGUCACUCUAUCAUCUUCGUACAGCAGCAGAGCUACUAAUGUGUGACGAAAAAGCCCUUGAGCAAUCAUUAUGUGAGCGUGUUAUUGUAACCCCAGAUGGAAAUAUCACAAAACCAUUAGAUCCAGCAGCAGCUGCUUUGAGUCGUGAUGCCCUAGCAAAAACAGUCUACUCCAGACUCUUUGACUGGAUUGUGGACAAAAUAAACAAUUCAAUUGGUCAGGAUCCUACUGCAAAAAGCAUAAUUGGAGUCCUUGAUAUAUAUGGCUUUGAAAGCUUCAAGAUUAACAGUUUUGAACAGUUAUGCAUUAACCUAACAAAUGAAAAGCUGCAACAGCAUUUUAAUCAGCAUGUGUUCAAGAUGGAGCAAGAAGAAUACACAAAGGAGGAAAUCAACUGGAGCUAUGUAGAAUUUGUGGACAAUCAAGAUGUUUUAGAUCUAAUUGAAAAGAAACCUGGGGGCAUCAUUGCUCUUCUUGAUGAAGCAUGUAUGUUUCCUAAGGCAACACAUGAGACAUUUGCUCAAAAGAUGUAUCAGACAUAUAAAUCACACAAACGGUUUGCAAAGCCAAAACUUUCUAGAACAAAUUUCACAAUCAAUCAUUAUGCAGGAGAUGUUACCUAUCAAGCUGAUCACUUUCUGGACAAGAACAAGGAUUAUGUUGUAGCAGAGUUUCAAGCUUUGUUAAAUGACUCAAACUGCCCCUUUGUAGCAAAUCUCUUCCCACCAUUAGAGGAUUCAUCUAAACAAUCCAAGUUUUCCUCCAUAGGAACUCGCUUUAAGCAACAACUACAAUCAUUAAUGGAAACCUUGAGCACAACAGAGCCACAUUACAUCAGAUGUGUAAAGCCUAAUACGGUUUUGAAGCCAGGAAUAUUUGAAAAUGACAAUGUUUUGAGUCAGUUAAGAUGUGGGGGUGUUCUGGAGGCAAUUAGAAUAAGUUGUGCUGGGUAUCCAACAAAAAGAUCUUUUGAUGAAUUCCUAGAAAGAUUUGGGAUGUUGGCUCCAGAUGUUCUUGAUGGAUCUGAUGAGAAAUCAGCAUGUGUAGCAAUUUGUGAUAGAUUUGGAUUGAAGGGGUAUCAGAUAGGAAAAAGCAAGGUUUUUCUUAGGGCUGGACAGAUGGCAGAAUUAGAUGCAAGGAGAGCUGAAGUUCUAGCAACAGCAGCAAGAAGAAUCCAGAGACAAAUCAGAACAUAUCUCACACGUAAAGAAUUCAUUGUCCUUAAAAAAGCCACAAUCAAUACACAAAAGAACUGGAGAGCAAGACUUGCGCGUAUGUUGUAUGAGUAUUUAAGGAAAGAAGCUGCAUCUAUACGUAUACAGAAGCAUAUACGUGGAGGUAUAGCAAGAGCAUCAUACAAGCAUUUACAAGGAGCGUCUGUAUCUAUUCAGACUGGGCUUAGAGCAAUGGCUGCAAGAGAUGAGUUCAGAAGAAGAAGAAGAAACAAGGCUGCAACUAUAGUUCAGACUGAAUGGAGGAGAUUCCAUGCAUGUUCUGAAUAUAAGAAGAAGCAGAAAGCAACUCUUACACUUCAAUGUCUAUGGAGAUCAAAGGUAGCAAGGAAAGAACUAAGAAUGUUGAAGCUGGCUGCAAGAGAUGCUGGAGCCCUUAGAGAAGCUAAGGACAAACUGGAGAAGCGAGUUGAAGAGCUGACAUGGAGAUUAGACUUUGAAAAGCAUUUGAGGGUUGAUCUUGAAGAAGCAAAGGGAGUAGAAAUCACAAAGUUGCAGAAUGCUUUGCAAGAAAUGCAAGGGAAACUAGAAGAAGCACAUAACCAAAUUGUUCAUGAGAAAGAAGCAGCAAAAAUAGCUAUUGAACAAGCCCCUCCAGUCAUUAAAGAAGUACCCGUUGUAGACAAUACUAAAUUGGAGGAAUUAACUGAUCAAAAUCAUAAACUGGAGGAUGAAAUUCUAGAGUUUAAGAAGAGAGUUGAGGAAUUUGAGAAGAAAUUCAAUGAAGUUGACAAUGAGAGCAAAAAUAGACUUAAAGAGUUGGAGGAAUCACAAGCAAAAAUCUCAGGUCUUCAGGAGACCAUUGAAAGGUUAGAUGCAAACUUAUCCAACCUCGAAUCAGAAAAUCAAGUUUUGAGACAAGAAGCAUUGGUUGCUUCAACUAAUGAAGACCUCACAGAAGAAACUGAAAACCUCAAAAGCAAGAUCAAAGAAUUAGAGUCAGAAAAUGAAUUCCUUCGCAACCAAAAGGUGGUGGUGGUGGAGCAGAUAACCACCCCUGAAAAGGUCUCACCACAACUACAGAGUUUGAAUAAUGGACAUGAAAAGAAUGAUGAUUUUGAAACACCACAUGUAGAGCAAGAAAAGACAAAGGAGUUAGAAAACACCCCAUAUUCAUCCCUAACAAAACAAAAAUCACUUACAGACAGACAGCAGGAGAACCAUGAUGUUUUAAUCAAGUGUCUUUUGGAAGAUAAGAGAUUUGACAAAACAAGACCAGUUGCAGCAUGUAUUGUGUAUAAAACAUUGGUUCAAUGGAGGUCAUUUGAGGCAGAAAAGACACAUAUUUUUGAUAGAAUUAUUCACACAAUUCGAUCUUCUAUAGAGACUCAGGAUAACAUCAAAGAUUUAGCAUACUGGCUAUCAACAACUUCAACUCUUUUGUUCCUACUGCAAAGUACAAUCAAAGCAAGUGGUUCACCUUAUAAGUCUCCACAUCGUAAUCGCGCCUCACCUACCACAUUGUUUGGUAGAAUGACACAAGGUUUUCGUACAUCUCCUAUGGGUAUGGGUAUCUCUAGUGGAUAUAGUGGAAUGGAAGGGAAGCCAAGUGCACAAUCAAAAAUAGAAGCCAAAUAUCCUGCACUUUUGUUCAAGCAACAUCUAACAGCUUGUGUAGAAAAAUUGUAUGGAAUGAUUCGUGACAGCUUAAAGAAAGAGAUAAGCCCGUUUUUGAAUUCAUGCAUUCAGGCACCAAGAUCUACUAGGGUGAGACCAACAAGAGGGGCAUCAAGAAAUAUUCUUUCAAAUAUUGUGGCAAAACAACAGGCAUCAAUUAUACACUGGCAAAGCAUCGUUAAUAGUUUGGACAACACCUUGGGCAUACUGUCUGAAAACUAUGUUCCUUCAAUAAUCACAAGGAAAAUUUUCAGUCAAGUAUUCUCAUUCAUAGAUGUCCAGUUCUUCAAUAGCUUAUUGCUUCGUCGUGAAUGCUGUUCAUUUAGUAAUGGAGAAUAUGUUAAAUCGGGUUUGCAUGAACUUGAACAAUGGUGUAAGAAAGCAACGGAUCAGUUUGCUGGAUCUUCAUGGGAUGAGUUAAGGCACAUAAGGCAGGCAGUUGGGUUAUUGGUAUCACACCAAAAGACUCAAAAGUCCAUGGAGGAGAUCACAAAUGAACUUUGCUCGGUGUUGAGUGUUCCACAAAUAUACCGUAUUGGAACUAUGUUCUGGGAUGACAAAUAUGGAACUCAAGGAUUAUCUCAGGAGGUAAUUGGCAAGAUGAGAUCACUAAUGGCAGAAGAUUCAGUUAGCAUGCCCAACAAUUCUUUCUUGCUUGAUGUGGAUUCAAGCAUACCGUUUUCUUUGGAAGAAAUAUCCCAAUCUUUCCUUGAUAUUGAUUUAUCUGAAAUCGAUCCACCACCCCUCCUUCGUCAAAGAUCAGAUUUUCAUUUCCUGUUGCAGCAAAUAGAAUGAAACUAUUUAUUUUUUAAGCGGAAUUAAGCAGAAGAAAGCAGAAAUCCGCUGAAAUUAAUUGAUUGAUUACAUGAGUGCCAAGAAUGUGAUUUUUUUUCAUUCUUUUCUCCAUUCAAAGUUUCAGGUGAGGAUUUGAGAUUUUUUUAUUUAUUACAGAGUGAUGUUAGAAGUGUGGUUUCAUAUUGAUUAUUGUAAAAAAUGACAAAAGGAUUGUAUUUUUGAAGAUAAGUGAAAGAUGUGUAAAAGAUACUGGUGUUUUUGAAGAUCAAGGAGAGAUGUGUAAAAGAUGUUUGUCACAAUAUAAGUGAGAGAUUUUGUAUGUA